AUGUUCGAUCAAAAUUCUAAUAGACAAUCACCGGCUCUAAAUCGAUCAUUAAUGAUAAAUGAAAAUAAACAAAACAAUAAUGAUCAACAAUAUAUACAAUCACCAUCAAAGUCAGAAGAACAAACAACUGCAAUAUCUCAAUGUGAAGAAGCGUCUGUUUCUUGUAUAAAUGAACAAUUAAAUUCUUCAAAGAUUUUAUCAGAAGAAUUAAAUCGUCCACGUUCAAAAACAACAUCUGCAUAUACAUCUGAUACUGAGGCAUCAACAAAAAAUUCUUCUCAAGUAUCUAUAUCAGCACCAAGUAGUCUUAAUUUUUUUCAAUCAAUAAAAAAUUUAACACAUCAAGAAUUAUUUCGUGCGAAUCCAUUAGGUCUUCUUGGUAAAGAAGUUAUUUCUGUAACAGGAACAACACAUAGUCCUGAACCUAUACCACCUAAUGAUGAUGAUGAUGAUGAUGAGACAAUUAUCAAUUCAGAUAACAAUACAUUGAGAACAUUAUCUAUUUCAUCAAAUAGAUUAUCAUUAAUAAAUGAUAAUAAACCACAACAAAUACAUUUUUCAUUAAAUGAAGAAGAAAAACUUCGUAUGAUGAGACGUCGUUCAACAUUAGGAAAUAUAACUGAUGCAGUACUUCCACCAUAUCCAGUUGAAUUUAUUUCAAAUUCAAGUUCUAAUAAUAAUUUACAAUCACAUCUUUUUUCUCGACCAUCACUUAAUACAAUGGUUGCAGAUUUUAUACCAAAUACAAUGACAAUUAAUGUUUUUGAAGUUUUUAUUUAUGCAUGGGGUGUAUUUGCAUUCUUUUUUGAUAUGAUUACUGAUAUUGUUUUAGCACAUGCUUAUUAUUCAGAAGGUGCUUAUUGGCUAUUUAUAUUAACAUUAAUGUGUGUUAUUGUACCAAAUUUAACUUUAUCGAUAUUUUCACUUGUUUGGUAUAUUGAGGGUAGUCAAUUAGAAGCAGAUGCAAAUGGAAAACAAACAAUAAUACAAAAUCAUACAUCAAUAUAUGAAACAUCAUCAUCAGAUGAUAUACUUGACGAAGAUCAACAACAAAAUAAUAAUAAUAGUACAGAAUCAAUUCCAUCAAAUCAAAAACAAACUUCAUAUUAUCAAAUAAAUGAUGAAGAUCAAAAAGAUGUACAUCUAUCAGAUUUAAAACCUAAACUACAAAUAUCAGAAAAAGAUCUACGACCACAACAACAAGAUUUCGUUCAAGGAAAAUAUUUUCAAAUAUCAGCUGCAACUGCAAAUAUUUUAACAUGGAUUAUUCGAAUUAUUAUACUUAUAUUACAAUUAGAUUUAUCUGUGAAAUAUAUUCGUGGUUUAUAUUAUACAUGGAAAGGUUUUCAAAAACGUCACAAUCCAAAAUGGCAACGUUUUUAUUUAACUAAACAAAUAUUAAUUGAUGCUGAUAUUGCUUUAUUACGUGUAUUCGAUUGUUUUAUGGAUUCUGGUUCACAAGUAACAUUACAAUUAUAUAUUAUGUUACGACUUGGUUCAACAUCAAUGAAAUUUGAUACUUUAUUUUUAAAACAAACUUUAUCAAUUGUUUCAUCACUUGGUUCAUUAGCAUAUGCACUUAGUGGUUAUUCAAGAUGUUGGCGACAUAUGCAAUUAACACAUUCACCACAAGAUUGGCCAAAAGGAAAACCUGCACCACAAUUAGUAUCAUGGUGGGGUACAAUUAUUCAAUGGUUUUGGUAUUUAUUUUUGAUAACUCCAAGAGUAUUAGCACUUGCUAUGUUUGCAGCUACAUUUCGUUCAUGGUUUUGGAUUAUAAUAUUUGCACAUUGGUUUGCAAUGCUUUUUUGGAUUCUUCGUUUUCGUACAAUUUUUUGUAUUAGUGAUCAAACAACAUACAAUCCACGAGAAGCUAUUUUUGAAAAAUGUUACAAUCUUGUUUGUUCAUAUAUAUUUAUAUUUUGUUAUAUGAAUCUUCGCAAAGGUGAUACUCGUGCACAUUAUAUUGGUUUUUAUACAAUUUAUUAUAUAGAAAAUAUUGGUUUUUCAAUAAUCUAUGCAAUACAUUCAGCUGAAUCAAAUAUAGUAUUUAAAUAUUCACUUGUAACAUUUGUUUGUUGUGGUUUUUGGUUAGCUAUUUUAUUUCAAUUUCUUUAUUAUCGAUUUUUACAUCCAAGUGAUCAUGUACGUCUUAAUAUAAAACAAAAUUUAUCAUCAUUUGUACAUAUACGAACAUUACCUAUAUCAAAUCGUAUAGGAAAAUCAAAAUCAUGUGAAGAAAUAAUACAACAUAGUGAUACACAAAAUCAAAAUGAAAAUAAUGAUUUGAUUGAAACAACAUCACAAAUAGAAACUUUAAUUGAUGAACGUUGGUAUAAUCGUUUUUCAAAACGAAAUCGACAAAAACUUAUUUCACAACAACAAGCUAUUGAUGAAAAAGUUCGAAUAAAUCGAGCACAAAAACAACAUGAAGAAGCAAUUAAAAAUCAACAUGAUAUAUCAUAUGAUUUUUUAACAAGAAUAUCAACUGUAUUUAAAAGACCAACAACAAAUUCAACAUCUGCAAUAACUAAAUCUUCAAAUAAUACAACUAGUAAUAAUAAACAAUCAAAUGAUCAUCAACAAUUUUUUCAUGUUCCAUCUAUAUCAUUACCAAAAUCACAAUAUCAAGAACCUUAUACUAAAAUAAAUCAAGAUGAAGAAGAUUUUGAUAAAUCACAUGUUGCUUUUAUAUCAAGUAAACGUACACCACAAUAUCAACAACAAUUAAAAUUAUAUAAUAUUAAUGAAGAUAUACAUUUAUCAGAUGAAAAUCAAAAUAAAACAUCAUUACAAAAAAAAUAA